CUCCUCCAGUCUCCUGCAAUCGACCCGGACUUGUCCAUUGUCGUCCUCCGCCCUCACCCCCGCCCUACCUCUUCUCAAUCUCUCUGGGACCCCAAUCUCGCCCAGCAUGAUGAACUGCGUCCGCAGCCGUGUCGCGGCUUUUUCUACCGCCUGGACCCCUCGGGUCGUCGCCCGGGCCAGCUACUCGACCACUGUCCCUCGUCUCAGCGAAAACACCCUGCACGCCAACGACCCGACCCCCUCCAAGCCCGUCCCGAACGUGUCGGCCACCAAUGCCACUCCCGUCGACUCGAUGGGCGCAUGGGACAAGCCCCUGCAGGAGACCCCCGAGAUUGCGGAGCGCACCCGCAAGCUCCAGGCUCCCAACCGGGCCACCACCUGGGCUGCCAGCCAGCAACCCAGAGAGAAGGCCAUGGUCGGCCCUCGCUUCGAGCAGACGAUAAUGGAGAUGCAGCCCCAACCUUAUGCCGCCAUUGAGCUCAUCCAUAAGCAGCCUGUGCGCUGGACGAAGAAGCGGGUUGUUGAGUGUGACGGCGGCGGCGGUCCCCUCGGUCACCCCCGGAUCUUCAUCAACACCGACAAGCCCGAGAUUGCUACCUGCAACUACUGCGGUCUUCCCUUCGCCCACGAGCAGCACCGCGCAUACCUCAAGUCCCUCCCCGCCACCAGCUACCCCCUCGAGCCCACUGGUGAUGCCGCCGAGGUGAACGAGAGCCAGCGUGUGACUGAUAGUGCUUUCGAGCAGCGGUAAAGAAUGGCUUGCUUUUUCUCCCUUUGGCGUUGAUGACUUUUCUUUUCUUGCUUGUUGUUUCCCCGUUUGGCCCCCAGGCUCUUGUACAGAUGUACCAGACAAUGAAGUUGUUAGAACGAAC